AUAUCUAUUGAACGGGCCAGCUUCGUACACUCCGGUGAUCGAAUAUUUUGGAUCAAUAAGUUGACCACAGGAUUUUAAAGCAUGUGAUCUCCCAAGACCUAGAAUGCUGAGUCUCUAGUCCCCCCAGUCACCCAUCUCUCUCUGCCUCUCUCCCCGUUCCUGGUCCAUCAGCCAUGGGAACCGAAGCUCGAGAUCCAUUAAAGAUAUUCUUCUUCCCUUUGAUGUCCCCGGGCCACAUGAUCCCCAUGCUCGACAUCGCCAAGCUCUUCUGCCGGCGUGGCGUCUCCGCCACUAUCGUCACCACCCCCGGCAACGAGCCCCUCCUCCGGCCUUCCAUUGACCGCGCCAACGCCACUUACCACCACCCUCUAAUCCACCUCCUCCUCCUCCCCUUCCCCCCCUCCGUCCACCACCUCCUACCCUCCGGCAGCGAGAACCUCGGCUCCAUGUCCACCUCCGACCACGUUGACUUCUUCAUCGCCAUCGACGCCCUCCGCCGCCCCUUAGCCGAACUCCUCAGCGCCCACCGCCCCGACUGCCUCGUCUCCGACUCCAUCUUCCCCUGGACCGCCGACGCUGCUUUCGCCCUCGGCAUCCCCCGCCUCGUCUUCCACGGCCACGGCGCCUUCCCCCUCUGCGUCCACCGCAGCCUCGAGCUCCACAACCCCCACGCCGGCGUGUCCUCCGACUUCGAACCCUUCGCCGUCGAGGGCCUCCCAGACCACAUCCAAAUGACCCGCUCCGAGAUCUCCCCCCAUCUUUUCCACCCCGACUUCCUUCGAAUUGUAGCAGAGGCCCAGGAGAAGAGUUUCGGCGUCGUCGUCAACACCUUCUACGAGCUCGAGCCGGCCUACGCCGAGCUCUACCGGAAGCCACCCGGUCCGCGAGCGUGGUUCGUGGGCCCGGUCUCCCUCUCCGACAAGGACGACGCCGAUCGGGGUGGCCGAGCCCCCCCGGACCACCGCCGAUGGCUCAGCUGGUUGGACUCCAAGGCCGAGAACUCCGUCGUCUAUGUGUGCUUCGGGAGCCUCUGCGAGUUCACCGGCGAGCAGCUCCGAGAGAUCGCGCUGGGCCUCGCGGCUUCCGGACACCCGUUCUUCUGGGUGGUGAGGGAGAAGGGUGACGUGGCUGGCGCGGAUUGGCUGCCAGAGGGGAUCGAGGAGAGUGGGAUGGUGGUGAGGGGGUGGGCCCCGCAGGUGGUGGUGCUGAACCACGCAGCCGUGGGGGGUUUCGUGACGCACUGCGGGUGGAACUCGACGCUGGAGGGGGUGGGGGCGGGAUUGCCCAUGGUGACGUGGCCGCUAUCGUACGAGCAGUUCGUCAACGAGAAGCUGUUGACCGAGGUGGUGGAGAUCGGUGUGAGGGUGAGGAGGGGAGGGGGCGGAAGAAGUGGGGUGGUGAGGAGGGAGGAGGUGGCGGCGGCGGUGGCGGCGGUGAUGGGCGGCGGAGAGGUGGCGGAGGGGAGGAGGAGGAGGGCGAGGGAGUACGCGGCGGCAGCGAGGGCGGCAGUGGAGGAGGGAGGCUCGUCGUACCAGGACAUCGGCCGGUUGGUGGCGGAGCUGGCAGCCGCCCGCGCGGCGAGGGGCGGGGAGAAGUGACCGUGAAAGGAGACGAGUGAUGCCGUGGCGGUACCGUCGUAAGAUGGGAAAGCUUUGUCGUUUACUUGAAUAAAAAAUAAGAUGGGAAAGCUUUGGGGUGGGUAAACGCUUAUUGUUCAAACCAGCAACUGAUUCGCCAGACUUGUUUAUUAACCUCCCGCCCUGCGUCAUCAUUGCUGCGCUGUGUUUCUUUGUCGCCGUUGGACUCUAUGAAAGUCCAUGUAAAAAGGACCGGCGCCUAAAAAUACAAAAGCCAGCACUCUCACCUAAAAAGGACCUGUAUCUAAAAUAUCCAAUCCCGUAGAACGUUGGUGCGUGGAACGAGUAUUUGAUGAAUAAAUAUGAUAUAAAUAUUUA